GUGUAAUGAGUAGAUUUUUAGCUUUGCAAAACGUAUAUAAAGAAGAGACCGCUUCAGAGUUCACACAGUAUACGCUACGUCUCCUUCCAAAACAGAGCAGAGAUAAGAGAAGUAGAAGGAAUCCAUGGCCGACAUUGCUAAGAAAUGGCUUCCUCUUGAAGCUAAUCCUGAUGUCAUGAAUCAGUUCCUUUGGUGUCGUGGUGUUCCACCGGAUGAGGUAGAGUGCUAUGAUGUUUAUGGGUUGGAUGAAGAACUUUUGGGAAUGGUACCCAAGCCGGUCCUUGCUGUUUUGUUUCUCUAUCCUCUAACAUCACAGAGUGAAGCAGAGAGAGUACAGCAAGACGGCGAAACAAAGGUGCAGGACCCCACCAGUACCAUUUACUUCAUGAAACAAACAGUGGGAAAUGCAUGUGGAACAAUUGGUCUACUUCAUGCUAUUGGGAAUAUUACCUCAGAGAUAAAACUUGAUGAGGGCUCAUUCUUGGACAAGUUCUUUAAAUCAACUGCAUGCAUGGACCCGAUGGAGCGUGCUUCAUUCCUUGAAAGUGAUAGAGAAAUAGAGGUUGCUCAUUCAGUAGCAGCUACUGCUGGUGACACUGAGGUUCCAGUAAAUGUGGACACCCAUUUCAUCUGCUUCACAUGUGUUGAUGGACAACUCUAUGAACUUGAUGGAAGGAAGUCCGGACCAAUUUCACAUGGUACAUCUACUCCAAGCAGCCUGUUACAGGAUGCUGCUAAAGUUAUACAAAAGAUGAUGCAAAAAAAUCCAGACUCGAUGAACUUCAACGUCAUUGCCAUAUCGAAGAGAGUUAAAGGUGAUGCUCCAUGAGCGCAGAGUUGUAUGGCCUGUGUAUCUUUUGGUCACAUUUCUAAUGUAGAAAGAGCUAAAGAUGGACUUAUGUCAUCACGUUUUGACAUGGAGCCAUUACCACUGCAUACCUUGACUGAGAUCCUUUUGUCUUCAGCCACUGUUGUAUAAAAAUCAAAGACGCACUUGUUAUACAAACCUUAGACAAAAAGUUGUAGCGCAAAUGUUAAAUCA